AUGGUGGCACCUGCUGUGCUCAUCUUUUUGCCACUUCUGCUCCUCGCAGCCUUCUCACCAGCAUCAACCUCAGCGCACCGCAGCCCCAAUCCUUUCCCGCCAAUCGUUCCCCUGCAUCUGCAGCCUCUUCGGCAGCAGCAGCGGCGAGCGAGCAGCUCGGACGCCAAGCUCGUCACCAUGGCCGCCGCCGACGAUGGCACCAACAGCACGGCGCAGCCGUUCACGACACACUACUUUCCACAGGAGCUGGACCACUUCACCUUCACGCCUAACGCGUCGAUGGUCUUCCGUCAGAAGUACCUCGUCAACGACACCUUCUGGCGGAGGCCCAGCGGCGGCAGCGGCGCCGGGCCGCUGUUCGUGUACACCGGCAACGAGGGAGACAUCGAGUGUGUCACCCAUAUCGUGUUUGGUAGUAGGAGGACCAGGGAGGGUGGUGGCAGGGCUAGUGAGGGACACCAGGAAUGGCGUUUUCCAGAUCUGUUAGCUACCGUUCGUGGCCCCAAGAUCUCGGCCACACACAACAAAGAAGAAGGCCAUGGCAGCCUUGUCUAG